AUGUUGAAACUUGGAGCCCGGUCGCUGCGCCUCCGCCCGCUUCGUGCAUUUUCACCUUUUGUGCGCUUUAACUCGACUUCCGAAGCUCAAAACUCUGUGGUGUCGGAGAUCAAGACGUCUUUGCCUAGCUUUGAGAAUACCUCGUUGCCGGAGACACUCAUGACGUCGGACCAAAUCGGCUAUUUGCAGUCGAUUGGGCUUGCUGACGGAUAUGGGCCCACAGCACUUAUCGAGCGCAUGCUAGAGUAUACCCAUGUCUAUUCGGGCUUGCCUUGGUGGGGCACCAUUAUCGCGGGAACGUUUAUUGCCAGAGCGUUCAUGUUCCCACUUUAUGUCAAGUCAUCGGCCAACAUGGCCAAAAUGGCUCGUGUCAAGCCCGAGUUAGACCAGCUCAUGAACGACAUCAAAACCGGUGAUAAUGAAGACAGAAUGUUGGCUAUGCGUAAGCGUACUAAGCUCUACAAAGAGAACGGCAUCAAAACCGCCCAUUCUUUGUUGCCCAUGGCUCAGUUGCCUCUCGCAUACGGUUUCUUCCAGGCCACACGGAAAAUGGCUGCGUAUCCCGUUGAAGGAUUUUCUACCCAGGGUGCCUACUGGUUCCAAGAUUUGACCCAGGUCGAUCCAUACUUGGGAUUGCAAAUCUUGACUGCUUUGGUGGUGACAGGAAUGAUGCGUUCGGGUGGUGAGACAGGUGCGCAGGCCAUGAAUCCCAUGAUGAAGAAGGUCAUGACUUGGUUGCCGUUUGCUUCCAUUUUGAUCACCCAGAGCAUGUCAUCUGCUGUGGUGCUCUAUUUUGCCGCAAACUCUGUAUUUUCCUUUUUCCAGUCGCUUGUUUUAAAGAACAAGUACUUCCGUAAGUUUGCUGGUAUUCCACCAAUUGUUAAACCAGUGGUGGUUCCUGGUGCAAAAGCCCCACCUGCAACUCUUGGUGAAUGGUGGAAUGACUUCAACUCCAGAAUGAAGCAGCAAAGCCACACGAAAAUGGCAAAGACAAACAAGCAGUUGGAGGCAAUCGAAAAGAGACGCGAUGCCGCUAACGAAGGUUUCAUUAAGAGACAUUGA